AUGGACAUCAGCACCUUGGUUCCCGCUACUCAAAAAGAUAAUAGCAUCAGAACCUCUACUGCAUCAAGUUCUCUUGACCCAUCAGCAUCCUCUAUAGUUUCAUCCCAUAUCUGCACUUGGAUAGAUUGGUGUAAUAUCCAGACUAUUGACUCUACCAAUUGCAGUAUUAACAAGAUUGUAGAAUUUUUAAACUAUCAGAAAGAAUUAGGCAAGGCUUAUAAUACUAUUGCAGGAUACUAUUCUGCAAUCAGCAAGGUAUACCAUAAAGUUGAAGGUACAAAAAUAGAAACACAUCCAGGAAAUAAUGAAGAUUUAUUAUUAUUACAACUAAACAAAAAAACUGCUUUUCUUCCUACUAUUAGUACUGGAUCUCGCCCUUCUAACUUACUUCGACUAAAUUUAUUAACACUAUCUAACACUUUUGGUGGCAGUAAUAUCAAAUGUGAGUUGCCAAAAGAGACAAAAAUUUCUGUUGCCAAGGAGAAAACUAACAUGUAUAGAAUGACUGAAGACUCAAAGAAAUGUUUAUUUCUAGCAUCUAAUGGCAAUCAUAAACUAGUGUCCUCAGAUACAGUUGCUAAGUGGAUAAAGGAAAUCUUGAAUUACUCUGACCCCAACUUGACAGCAAAGGAUACAAGAGUACUAGCAGCUUUUUUUGCACAAAAUGGAGGUGCUGAAUUACUAGCUAUUUUGGCCUUAGGAAAUUGGUCUAGUUAUGAAGUAUACCAAAAAUUUUAUCAACAUGGCAUAUGGAUCAUGCUUGAAUGUAACAACCUACCUACUACCAUUAUCAAUUAA